AUGACUCCAGGCGUUGAUUUCUUUUCAUUGUUGUCCGUACUGGCGUUUAUUAAGUUGUAUUCUGGAAUGGCUUCUGAAAUUAUAGGAUCUUUGUGGGCCACCAUCAAAGCCAAACCGUUGGUGUCACUAGGGCGGUUUGUAUUCUUCGGCUUGAUAGUAAGUCAGUGCUUUUUGCUUGCCUCUUAUCCUGCAAAAUACAAAGACGAUUCGAGCUGGUAUGGAAUAGCAGUUCCUUUGUACUCCUCAGCUGUGAUUGUUUGGGUCUGCCUUGUGUCGCCCAAACCUUCUAGAUUCGAGGCAAAUUUAUGCUCGUCAUUUCUUGUAUAG